AUGCUGGGUGCACGAGCCCGUGCGGCUGAGUACAAUGCUUUCAAAGCCGCAUCUGCGAGGCAAGCUUCGCGCGAGGCUGAGGAACAAAAGUUGCCGCCAAAACCCGUGCCCGUGUCUCUGAGCGCGUUCACCAAGAGCACCCAGCCAAAUCGAAACAAGGGCACCAAAGCCUAUAAGCCUUUGGUCUUGGAAGACACGUCUGAAGAUGGCAAUGAAGAUGACAAUGAGACGUUGGAGGAGCCAGAUGUGAGCAACGGGGACACACCUUCGACACCUAGCCGCCCGGCUACUGCUGCCGUCAAUCGUGGAAGUCCUGAUACCGGCGAGAUUGAGACUCCCUUAGGCCCUCGUAAUCCUCAACCCGUCCAAGCCACGGCACCAGCCUUUUCGGCACCAACCGCGCCCAAAGCCAUGAUUGCUGCUGCUGCAGCUGAACGAAAAUCAGGGUUUGCUUUUCCAACACCUCAGCACAAUCAGUCGCGUUCCGUCAUCAGACAGUCCCAGAAAACCGUUCCGACCAGUGUGCAGAGUUCACCAAGCACCUUCUCUGGAAUCGGUGGGUUGCCGUACUCUGAUUUCAUAUCGCCCUACUUACCAGCUCUUCCCCCGAUAGAUUACCCACCACAGCGGCCGUACCGACCAUCCCGGUACUUUGGCAAUACGAUGGCCCCCUCUGACUUGAGCCCCACGAAGCAGGAGAACAAACUGAACGCGCUGUCCCAAAACCACGCCGGCCCGUCCCAACGGUUCGGAUCGACUCACCAGCAAUUUUCGGAAAGCCCAGGCAUGCAGAGUAGAUCGCAGAUCCCCAGCAACGCCUACGCCUACACCAAUGCCAACCCUGAUUGGAACGCAUAUCAGCAAUUUGGUGGAUUUGGGAGUGAUCCUACCCAACGUCCAACUUUUCAGCACUUCAAUUCUGAUGGAUUCAUCCCACCCAAUGAGCAGCCGCGCCAGUCUCGUCCCAUGCCUCCUGCAAGCCUUCCUAGACGCGAGUCCUAUCCAGAUACCGAAGCGUCGUUCCUGAACCUUGGACCCAUGCUGGGUAGUCCAGCGAAAAUUGUAGGUCAGCCCAUUCAACCCAGCUCAGCUGAGGCUAGCGAGGAUGAGCCAUAUGACCGCAACAGCAAGAUGCAGCAUUUCGUUGCGGCACAGCAGGCACUGGCAAAGAUAGGCAAGACAGUUUUGCACAACCCAGAUCUGCAUCGCACCAAAACCAUCGAAUCGCAAGGACAGGCAUCAGUGGAGAACAGCGUGGCACCAGCAGAAUAUCAAUCUCAGAUCGAAGAGAAGGAAGAUAGGGAUAACCACCGUCCAGGACCUCGGUCUUGCUUGAAGCCGCCACAAGGUUUUGAGAGUCAUGCAGCUGGUAUCCUCGAUCUAGACGAACACGUAACAAGAAACCCGUCUCCUCUGAACGACGAGGCACUUCGAACAGAAUUUGGAGUUGGCACGGACGACUGGUGUGAGCUUAAGCCUGUGUCGAGGAGCGAGCGGCUGAAGAUGAACAAGGCCAUGAAGCUCUGCAGCACGUCCAUCCACGCCGACACCCCCAAACCUCUGUUCUCACGAGGGCAGACCAGCAGACGUGAUAAUAUCCUCCACUCGCUGGAAGCAGAGGACGGACGCAUUGACCCUGUGAAGAGAACCAUGGUGGCACGAAUCGCUGACGACCACGUCGCAAGCCGACUCGCGAAGAAUAUGGGUAGUGAUGAAGUUGCGGGCAAUGUCUCGGAGGAUGUCGAGGUGGAAAAGGCAUCAAUCCUCGCGGUGGGGGAGAUAUUGGCAAAUCUUAAAGACGCGCCAGCAGCUGACCAUGAGGCAUUUCCCGACAAAUACAAACCGGCACCGGAGUAUGCCAUCGAACGAGGUCGACUAUUGACUGGACAAUCUGGAAGCUCAAGCUUCUUUGAGGAGGACACGGGUGGAUUUUACAACGCUCCUAGCCGUAUCGCGCGAGACCCAAGAUUCCGCCCCGCCGACAAGGAAGGCAACAAGCCCAAAUCAGAAGAUGAAUGGAAGCACCGAUUCGACAUGUAUGGGAGACGGCGACUGUGA